AUGGAAAAGAAAGAGAAGUGCGGUUUGACUUACACCCAAUGCAAUUUGUGUUUUUGGGGUCUGAUCGUAGAUACAAUAGAUACUGGCUUUUCUUGGGCCCUUGUAAUGCAUAUGACCCAGGACAUAGAAGGGUUUAUAUCGAAUCUUCAGAAGAUGGUCACUGGGAGGUGGUCAGCCAAACGAGGCCUGAUCAGCAGUGGUGAUAUGGUUAGACCGGAUAAUUAUAAAAUGACGAUUGCAAGUGUCCUUGCAGCUUGUGCUCAUCUUGGUGCAUUUGAUCAUGGGUUCUGGGUGCAUGAAUUCACUUGCUGGAAGAAAUUCCUCGAGUGUCAUGAAUUUUAUUUCCACUCCGAUACCUCCCGUAGCAAUAAGUUUAGCAGUAAUUUUUGCUACAAUUAUGAUCAGUCCCAUGCUAGAAGGUUGGGCACUGAGAGCAAAAAGAGAUACCAUCAUAUGUUGUCACAAACUUCUUAA